UGUUGGUAGUAUUUGUUUGGUGUGUUAUUUUUUAGUGUGACGUAGUUGGAAAAUAUCAGAGGUUAUAAUAACAAAUUUAACACAAAUAUGUUAUUAUUUGCAAAAUUAUCGUAACUGGAGUGCUAUGUAGUUAUUUUUGGGUGUUACUUUAUUGUUACGUUUAUUCCGAUUGAAGUGCAAAAAGUGAGGUUAUCCCACCAUGUCCCUGAUCGAAGCUUUGGAAAACGAGUGUUAUCUGAAACCAGACUUCUGUGAUAAUUUUAAAAACGAAGUAAAACUCAAAAUCGAAGAGUUUUCCGAUUGGUUUAAUAGCAUAGCACGUUUGUAUCUUUUACGUUGUCAGCCGGAAGAAAGCGAACUUUUUGUAUACCUGCUUCUUAAUCUUAAGAAAAAGCUCAAAUGUGCGAUUUCGGAAAUAAACAAGUCGGUCAGUCAACGCAAGCAAUUAUUCACUUGUAAUGUCUGUGAGGAAGUUGUUGAAGUGGAGCCCUGGCAGAACGUGUGGAGAGUGUUACAAGACCACCCCCAUUUUGAGGAAACGUACAACCAAGGUUUCGAUUUAGUGAGUUCGUCAGAAUCGUCGAGCGCUUCAAUUGUCGACGACUUGAGUGAAGACCUCAACCAAGUGUUGGAGCCUGAACCGGUCAACGGUUUAAAUAAUUUUAAAUUUAAUUUCGUCAUAAAAUACGAUUCGGUGGUCGAGGAAACCCUUUAUCCUGAAUCGUUUGUAAGCGCAGCUCGAAAACGAGAUCAUAUUUCGGACCACACUGUUCAGAAAAGUGGGGCUGCGCGUGCAGUUUGUCUCCUCUGUCCGUGCAGUUUAAUUUCCCGCGGUAGAGUUUACAAAGUGACGUCGUAUGUGAUCAAAAAUCACACAGCGGGACAAAGGCACUUGAAAUGCGCUUCAACGCCCGCAAAUACGAGCGCUUUGAGACAGUAUCACGAGUUUUGGCGAAGUCAAGAGCCUAAUUUUCAAGCCCACCAAGUGCAUUUCCUCCCUGAAAUCACUGUACACAACAUCGUCAAAUGUCACUUGUGUCAGGAAUUUGUAAAGUACACUUCGGUGAUUGACCACAUUAAAGACAAGGUGCAUAAAAGUAAACUCCUGAAGAUUUUUCUAUCGCCUGAAGGCAAGUUGAACGAGUUUUACUUGCUUGAGAUGCAAGUGGGGGUGUAUGAGGAUGUUGUGGUGAACAAUGCAGCGCCUAAAAGGGAUGUUAAACCCAUCAAAGAAACGAAGGAGAAAAAUCCCGGACAACCAAAAUGUGCUUUUGUCAAGGUUAUUUUUGAACCAAAUAGCCUACAUUUGCCCCCGAGAUACAAAAAUCAUUCGAGUUUUUUUACGUUUUGUAAUUCGGUGGUCAGUUGCAACGUUUGCAAAAUUAAUUUUAGUAAUGCAGUCCUGACGAUAUGGAAACAUAUCUCGACUCCUCUGCAUAAAAAAUUGACAGGGCGUGAGUGCCCUAAAUACAAUUUUUUUUGCGAAAUUUGUAAUGUUUUAAUCAAGGACGAAAACGCCUGGGAUGACCAUUUCACCAAUGGGCCAAACAGACACGAUAGCAUGACUCCAGCCCGCAAACAAAAAGUAUGUGAAUACGAAUGCAAAACUUGCCUCCUUGUAAUUUUCGGCGAUGAAUUAUCCCUCAGUCGCCACAUUUCAUCACGUGGUGGGAAAAACCGAGCUAAAGAUGUUAAACUCCCUUUCUCUGUCAAAAGACUUUUCCGAACUAAAGCUUUCAUCCAAGAAGAAGCCGAACGAAUGCAAAUCGAAGCAAACAAAGUCAUUGAGAAUCGAGAUAAAUUGAAAGAAUGUUGUGACGAUUUGGAACAGGCCUUGUGCGGGAUUUACCCAACUUGCAAGGCUUAUCCUUUCGGAUCGAGAAUAUCAGGCUUGGGGAAUAAUCAAAGUGAUUUGGAUGUGUUUAUGGACACGGGUGAUAUGUAUUUAGGUGAGAGGCAACAGGAUGCACAAAGUCAGGAACAAAUUGUUAAGAAAGCAAGUAAGGUGUUCAAGGCGUUUAAGGAUCAGUUUCAUUCUGUUGUGUCCAUUCCAACGGCCAGAACGCCCAUUGUCAAAGUUCAUCACAAUUUUACAGACUUGGAUUGUGAUGUUUCGUUCAGGCAUGGCUUAGGCGUCGAAAACACCAAAUUUCUGAGGUUUUGUAUGGAGUUGCAACCGAUCACACAAUCAUUUAUUUUGUUGCUGAAGCGGUGGUCGGAUUAUUGCCGACUUCACGAACACAUAACCAACUAUGGGUUGGCUCUAAUGGCGGUUUUUUUCCUCCAAACUGGUGGAUUUCUCUUGUCUGUUAAAACAGUAAGGGCUUACAAUCCAACACAAUCGUUAAUUAUUGAUGGUUGGGAGACUCUAAACUACACAGUUCCUAUCGAAAAAAUGAAAGAGUUCGUUAAACCCUACACUGGAGGAGUGACACAAUUGUUGCGUGAAUUUUUUUAUUACUAUUCGAAGUUUGACUACGCCAAUCAAGUGGUUUGUCCAUUGUUGGGUAAUACUAUUCCGAAAUUGUGUUUCAACGAAAGACCCCAGGAAUUAUUACCAAUUGAAAUGAAGAGUUAUGUUCAGAGAAUACAAAGUGAAAACGGGGAGCAAUUCCAAUUCCGUGGUUUGACUCCGUUUUGUGUCCAAGAUCCGUUCGAUUUGAGUCACAAUUUAACGAAAGCUUGCCAAAAUGGCACAAUCACCAGAUUGAAAGCUUUGUGUACUUUGACGUACGAGUUAUUGGACUCUAUUGAAUAAUAUUUUAAGUGCCUGUGAGUGGCAAAAUGUGAUGUUUGUUUGGUGUAUAGUUUUUAAUAAUGACGAAGUAAAGGCAAACAUAGAAUAUA